AAGAUUAACGAUGAGAAAUCGACACCAGCCAAGGAGACCACUACCGGCGACAAGGAACGAGAAGAGUCUCGUUCAGAUGAAUCCCUUCAAACGCCAACAAGACUGCAACAAACUGCUGAAAUAGCCAAAGAUUCCUCAACAUUACCCGAACGGAAGUCAAGUGAAUCUGCAAAAGAUUCAUCAACGGCAGCCGUAGCACCAAGCACGUCAACGGAUCAAACGAAUUUGCAAACAACACCCUCGAAAACGGCAAAUGAAGAACAUGGUCAAGAAUUAGAAGGCGAAGGUGCGAAGAAAAAGGUUGACGAUGAUGAUUUGAAGCAGGAAGAAGAA